UUAAUAAAACUCUCCUUUCCUUUUACUACUGCUACAAGAAAAAAAAAAAACACCUUCCAUCUCUUGUCCUUAACACCCACCAUUUCGUCUCCAUUAAUGCCAAUAUAAUCAUCUUCAAUACACACAACAUACAUGUAUUCAUAUUGUUCACAAAAUUAAAUAAAUUAGAAUAAUGGGUCAUCACCAUAACAACCACCAUAGUCACCACCAUUCCACAGCCACAGAUGGCAUUCCACAACGGGUCAACAGUCCAAGAUUCUCGGGUCCAAUGACCCGAAGAGCCCAUUCUUUUAAACGAACCAACAAUAACACUACCCAAAACAACACUAGUAGUACCACAAGCAGUACUAGUGGUACUACUACUACUUUGAAUACACAUCAUGAGAUUGAUGUACUAAACUCGCCUACAUCUGAAACAAAUGCCAACAAUCUUACUGAUGAGAUUUUAGUUGAAAAGAAGCAGUUUUCACAUUUGAGUAAUGUUAUACAAAGGGUACAUUUGAGGAGAAAGUUUGAAUCUUUGAGUGUUGAUUUUGUGCUGGAACUGAAAGGAAGGAAGAAAUUGGGACAUUGGAUGUUCUUGGUGUUUUGUGGGUUGUGUUUGUUUUUGGGUGUUGUUAAGUUUUGUGCUUAUGGAUGGUUUGGAUCUGCUAUUGAUAGAGUUGGGUACACUCAGGAUUCAUAUGACUCACUGGUCAGUCAGCAAAAUCUAAGGGAUCAAAGCACUCGUGCCUUUAGAAAUAUGGAAGGAGAUACUGAACAUAGUGGAGGACGGAAUCAUGUGAAACAGACUCUAAGUAUGGUUGCAUCAGGUGUUGUUGGUAACCACAAUAGCAUGCUAGAUUACUCAGAAAUAUGGUUGAAACCUAAUAGUGAAAAUUUCACUCAGUGCAUUGAGCGGACUAAGAGUCAGAAACUUGUAGAUGCAAAGACAAAUGGUUACCUUCUGAUAAAUGCAAAUGGUGGCUUAAAUCAGAUGAGAUUUGGGAUCUGUGAUAUGGUAGCUGUUGCUAAAAUCAUGAAGGCAACACUUGUACUUCCUUCUCUUGAUCAUACAUCCUACUGGGCAGAUGAAAGUGGCUUCAAAGAUCUUUUUGAUUGGCAGCACUUUAUUGAAACUCUGAAGGAUGACAUCCACAUUGUCGAGACAUUACCACCAGAAUUGUCUGGAAUUGAGCCUUUUAACAAAACACCAAUAUCCUGGUCGAAGGUUAGUUACUAUAAAUCUGAGGUCCUCCCUCUUCUGAAGCAGCACAAAGUAAUGUAUUUUACUCACACUGAUUCUCGGAUAGCCAACAAUGGGAUACCCAAUUCUAUUCAGAAGCUGAGAUGCCGUGUAAAUUACCAAGCGUUAAAAUACUCAGCUCCCAUUGAAACUUUGGGAAAGAUUCUGGUUUCGAGGAUGCGACAAGAUGGAAGUCCUUAUCUUGCUCUCCAUUUAAGAUACGAGAAGGAUAUGCUUGCUUUUACAGGAUGCAGUCAUAAUUUGACAGAGGAAGAGGAUGAAGAACUCCGUAGGAUGCGUUAUGAGGUCGGCCAUUGGAAGGAAAAGGAGAUUGAUGGUGCAGAAAGAAGAAAGCUUGGUGGUUGCCCAUUGACCCCCAGGGAGACUGCCCUUUUGCUUAAGGGGCUGGGAUUUCCAUCUAGCACGAGGAUUUACUUGGUGGCUGGUGAAGCUUAUGGGAAUGGAAGCAUGCAACCUCUUCUGGAUAAUUUCCCAAACAUCUUUUCACAUUCAACUCUUUCAACGGAGGAGGAAUUGGAUCCUUUCGAGAAUCACCAAAACAUGCUGGCUGGUUUGGACUAUGUUGUUGCUCUUCAGAGUGAUGUUUUCGUUUACACCUAUGAUGGAAAUAUGGCCAAGGCAGUACAAGGUCAUAGGCGCUUUGAGAAUUUCAAGAAGACUAUCAAUCCGGACAGGAUGAAUUUUGUGAAGCUAGUUGAUGAACUUGAUGAUGGUAAGAUCUCGUGGAAGAAAUUCAGCUCGAAAGUAAAAAAGCUUCAUGAGACUCGUUCUGGGGCUCCUUAUAUGAGAGAGCCGGGGGAAUUCCCGAAGCUGGAAGAGAGUUUUUAUGCUAAUGCCCUUCCUGGCUGUAUAUGCGAGAAAACCCACAGAUAGCAACGUUUGAUCUCCUAGGAGUGCAGCUUGGGACAUAAUGGGAGUAUUGCCAUGCAUAUAAAUGGUUCUAAGAGCAUGUGGAUUGAGCCUCUACUAAAGAAUUCAUCACUGGGACAACAGUUCUCCCUGUUUAGAAACAGGUGACUUGUAUAUAUGCAGACCAUCAAGGUCAAGUUCAGCAAUUUGCUGCUGGUGCAGAGUCAAGUAUACCGUUCAACCAUACAAAGACAUUAGUUAUUUUUGUUAAUUGAACGUUUUCCACGAUACUUUCUUGGCAAGGAGGCUGGAGCUGCCAAUAUCCACAUAUGGCAGUAUAGGCACCCUGCGAAGCCGAAACGAUAAGAUUUGUGGGUGGUUGAUAUACACUGUAUUAUUUCUUGAGAUACAAAUGACCAAAUUAUAUUGUUAAUCUUACAGCAUU